AUGAAUCUUCGCCAGAUGCCUACCGCGUACACGUCCUUCUCAAAGCGGGGAGCGCGGAACCUGGUCAGAUCAGUCUCACCGCGAUCGACACCGCGCCUCUACUGUCUCACGCCACUUGUUUCAGCGAAGCAGCGCCGGUGGUGUUCCAACCGCGGCUCGGUCCACGAACGUUACCGAUAUAGACAAUUAAAGCAAGCUCGAGAUAUUCGUAUUCUGGAGCUUAAGCCCGCAGGAGGUUUUGAUGAUCCCCUCCACCUGUCCCUCAAACAGAUAUCCCUUGAAGACCAUGACACACACUUCGAGGCUGUUUCCUAUGUCUGGGGAGUACCCCGAGGCAAUCAAGAGGUCUUCUGCGAUGGAGAGAUGAUCCUAGUGACUCCAAAUUGCGAAUCAGCACUGCGGCAUCUCAGGCUUAAGACACAAAGCAGGAACCUGUGGGUUGACUCCCUUUGCAUCAACCAGUUGUCGACCUCGGAUAAGAACCAGCAGGUACCUAUGAUGGGAGACAUAUUUGAGUCGGCUGAGCGUGUCAUAAUCUGGCUCGGCCCUGAGCGCUCAAGCGUUGCAAAUUUCUUCCGCAGGGUGAAGCUUUUCAACCCGUUUAUAUCACCUCAGCUCUAUGUCAUGAGACGCUUUGGUCCCUGGGCGGGACAUGAAUUUCGAAGACUGAACUUUAUCUCUCGCAUCGCCAACUGGGCUUGGGUUCAUACCGUACGCAGCGCGGAAGACUCGCAGAUUCUUCAGGAGAUUGCUGAAUCCAGCUGGUUUACGCGCGUGUGGACGCUUCAGGAACAGCUCUUAUCCUCCAAAGCCGUUAUUGUUAUCGGUCACCAUGAAUGUCCCUGGGAAGCUUUCGCCAAUAUUUGGGCUUGGAACCUGAAUUCGAUCAAAUCGCUUGGCGGCAAUGAGUCGCCAGUCACCUUGCGUCUGCUCACCUGGAUUGCCUUCCAAAGCACUUGGCUGUCACGCACAAAAGGCGGCAGCCGCAAGAUGCUGGAGGCGCAAUUCGAUAUUUACUCAGGACUAUUGGAGUGCGCCCGAACACACGGUGCGAGUGACCCGAGGGACAAAGUAUAUGCGUUCCUGCCGUUGAUGCAAAGGAUCGAGCCGAACAAAGAUCCUAUGCCAGUCAGGUAUGACAUGUCAUAUCCCGAGGUAUAUGAACAGUUUGCAAAGUACUCUAUCCGGCUCUCGGGGACGCUCAGAUACCUAGAGACUCUCCCGCCCCUGCGUUAUGAAAGUAGUCUGCCUUCUUGGGUGGUAGAUUUGCAAGUGCCGGCGAAGUACCCUAUGCGCAGGUGGGCAAAUAGCCAGCUUGACGCGCGAGCCACAGGGGACAGCAAAGUCGACCUACACCUGCUCUCUCACUCGAGGAGAGGCGAGCUCUUAUUGAAAGGAUUACCCUUUUCGACUAUCAAGAGGAUAUCGGCUGUGGCACCUCUUGAGACCCAGGAAUCAGCUGACUUUGCAGAAGACAUCGCUACCUGGUUCUGGAAUUGGCGGGAUACGAUUAGGGAGGCGGUACUAAAAGGAGACCUCAAAUGUCCAUACUCUUCCUUCAUGGAAGGCUUUCACGAGUUCUUCGAUGGUGUGAUGAGAUUCAAUCCAUAUCUUGGUGGGUGCACUCUCUUCAUCACAGAGUCGGGGCACCUUGGUGUGUCACAGUUCAGUGUCGAAGAGGGCGAUGAGGUUGUGCUCUUGGCAGGAUGUGCUCUCCCCACGGUCCUCAGAGCCUCGUAUUCCAAACAACAUCGCUUCUUCGCUGGUAUCAUCCGAAUCGUAAUUCCUGAGGCUGCUCAGGGCCUGCAUCGCAUACUCAUAUGUCAACAUUGUAACGCCUGCGGACGGAACUGCCUGCAACAAAUCCGCCAGCAGCCCCAGCAGUCGCAUUCAUCUCGGCCGGAGACGCUCGCCGUGCUCGCCGUGCCAGCCUCUCCAGCACAGGGCGUCUUCUAUCUUCAGACAAACGCCGACUUGCCAUCGCUGGCGACCAAUUUCGUGCAUCUCAGCACAACUCCGGCGCAGGGCGUCUUCGAUACACUAGGAGAGCUUUGUUCAAAAGCACUCACGGAUGAUGCCUUUUGCUGA